AUGUGGCAUAAAGAGCCCUUGGAAGUAAAAUUAAAGUUCCAACUUCUGGCUGAUAUAGCCAAAUUAAAGCAUAUACAAAAAUAUCCUGAAUACAAAUACCAACCUCAUCGUCCAUACGAAAAGAGGAAGAAAACAAAAAAAAAAAUACCUCCUCAACAUGGAAAAAUAAAUUUAGAUUAUAAUGAAUUUUUCAAUCAGAAUGUGAACAAAUAUGAUUUCCAGUUAAUAAGCAACAAUCUAAAUCUGUCAAAUGAAAUUUUGAAAAACUCUCAGGAAAUCACAAGUAUGUUUAAUUGA